AUGACACUUCCAAAGAGCAAUGGCGGUUUGGGCAUCAGGGAUAUACAGGCAUUUAACGAUGCUUACCUGGCCAAGAUAAGCUGGCGACUGAAGGAAAACCCAGACUGCCUCCUAGGGAGAAUACUCUUAAGCAAGUACUGUCCCGAUGGGAACCUCCUCACAUGUUCCGCGCCGAGUGCAGCCUCUCAUGGUUGGCAAAGCAUUCUGGUGGGGAGGGACUUAUUGGCUAAAAAUCUGGGAUGGAUAGUAGGGAAUGGGGAUUCAAUCAAGGUCUGGGAUGAUGCAUGGUUAACGCUUGAUGCUCCAGGAGACCGGCGAUGGAACAGAGGUCUGAUCCAGACUAUCCUACCGUUUGAAGAAGAAAGGAUUCUCAACCUUCAACCUAGUACUAAAGGAGCACCUGAUGCGUUAAAAUGGUUAGGAACAAGAACAGGGGAGUACUCGGUCAAGUCAGGAAUAUUUUACCGCCAUGGCGAAGUAACAGAUGAGAUUCUAGAAGGAGAGCCUACCCCGGAGUUUGAUUGGAAGAAGACGGUUUGGAAUUUGGCAGUGGCCCCGAAGGAGAGAGACUGCUGGCCAGACAUAAAACUCAACCCCGCCUGUAAGCGGUGCGGGAACUCAGAAUCUAUCAAUCAUCUUAUUUUCCAUUGUCCGUUUGCUCGGGAAGUGUGGGAUCUCGCUCCUCUCGACGGACGGUUUGGAAUUAGCGGAUUGACAGAUUUGAGAGCUGACUGGACUGAGUUCCAGGCGCAGAAGUGCCUCCCCCCAACAGGUUUAUCUUCCUCUCCGAUUGUUCCUUGGAUAUAUGGGGUUUGUGGAAAGCAGGAACAGCCAAAGAGCCCGGAGCAGACGUCUCGUGCGCUUUGGUACGAUAGCUCGGUCGGACGCUGCGUGGUCAGAGACCACAAAAAAUGCAGGGCUAGGGUGGACGGAACAUCGCGAGAACAGAGGACCAUGCUAAAGAAGGGAUUGGGUUUUACUCCCUCAGCCCUAGUUGCAGAAGGCUUAGCGCUGAAGGAAGCGGUAGCUACUUGCAGCUCCCAUGGAGUGAAGGAAGCAUUGUUUGAAUCGGAUUCGAGCCAGCUGAUUUCGGCUAUCAAUGGUGAUAACCCCCCCUUGGAGCUGUAUGGAAUUGUGGAAGAUAUCCACAUUAUUGCUAGUGCUUUUGAUGAUGUUGUAUUUGGUUGGAUCUCGAGAGAGAGGAAUGAGGAGGCUGAUUUACUGGCCAAAAAUGCCUUAAGAUUGUAUGAACAAGAGGUGGUUGUGGCUUUAAUGCCCCCACCAAACUAG